CACGCAACACACUUUGGAGCUUGAUAGUGAGUGUGCUCCAGCGAGUGACGCCGCCACAGCAAACUCUCUCGGCAUACAAAACUAGUACCAGUAGUAAACAACAGAGCAGAGAAAGAAUAUAAGUUCUUUGAAGGGCCGGAGAGGUAACUGUAGGGGAAAUGGAUGUUGAGUCGUCGAGGCAACAAGGUCCCAAGGGGGACGCCAGCUCCAACUCCAUGGCUGCGGCCUCCGAGGUCUCUGUGGACUGGAGGGGCAGGCCUUGCAGGCCUGAAAGGCAUGGAGGCAUGAAGGCUGCUGUGUUUGUCCUAGGGAUCCAGGCGUUCGAGAUCAUGGCGAUCGCGGCGGUGGGGAACAACCUCAUCACCUACGUGUUCAACGAGAUGCACUUCCCGCUGUCCAAGUCGGCCAACAUCGUCACCAACUUCAUAGGCACCAUGUUCCUCCUCUCCCUGCUCGGCGGCUUCCUCUCCGACUCCUACCUCGGCAGCUUCUGGACCAUGCUCAUCUUCGGCUUCGUCGAGCUCUCAGGGUUUAUACUGCUGGCGGUGCAGGCGCACCUGCCGCAGCUGCGCCCGCCGGCGUGCGACAUGAAGGCGGCCGGGCAGUGCGAGGAGGUGGCCGGGGUGAAGGCCGGCAUCUUCUUCGCCGCGCUCUACCUGGUGGCGCUGGGCAGCGGGUGCCUCAAGCCCAAUAUCAUCGCCCACGGCGCCGACCAGUUCCGGCGGGACGGCGAGGAUCAGGCCGUCGAUGGCGGGAAGCGGCUCUCCAGCUACUUCAACGCGGCCUACUUCAGCUUCUGCGUGGGCGAGAUGGUGGCGCUCACCGUGCUUGUCUGGGUGCAGACACGCUCCGGGAUGGACGUCGGUUUCGGGGUCUCUGCCGCCGCCAUGGCGGUCGGCCUUGUCAGCCUCGUCGCCGGCGUCUUCUUCUACCGGAACAAGCCACCGCAGGGCAGCAUCUGCACGCCCAUAGCAAAGGUCUUCGUCGCCGCGGUAGCCAAGAGGAAGCAAGUGUGCCCAUCGUCCAGGGCCACAGUGCAGGGCAUGUCCUCCACGGGUGCACAUGAGACGCGUCUCAACACCACCAACAUCUGCCGCAUCAAUAAGUUAAGGUUCUUGGACAAAGCGUGCGUGAAGGCGCAGGACGGUGGCAGCAAAGAGAGCGAGUGGGGGCUGUGCACGGCGGCGGAGGUGGAGCAGGUGAAGGUGCUGCUGUGCGUGGUGCCCAUCUUCGCGUGCACCAUCGUCUUCAACACCAUCCUCGCGCAGCUUCAGACCUUCUCCGUGCAGCAAGGGAGCGCCAUGGACACCCGGCUCGCCGCCAACUUCCACGUCCCGCCGGCGUCGCUCCAGGCCAUUCCCUAUAUCAUGCUCAUCGUCCUCGUCCCGGCCUACGAGGCCGUCUUCGUGCCCGCCGUGCGCCGCCUCACGGGGGUCGGCACGGGCAUCACGCCGCUCCAGCGGAUCGGGGUCGGCCUCUUCGCCGUCACCUUCUCCAUGGUGGCCGCCGCGCUGGUCGAGGCCCGCCGCCGUCACUCGUCCGUCUCCGGAGACGGGCGAGCGCUGUCCAUCUUCUGGAUCGCGCCGCAGUUCCUGGUGUUCGGGCUGUCGGAGAUGUUCACGGCCGUGGGGCUCAUCGAGUUCUUCUACAAGCAGUCGCUCUCCGGCAUGCAGGCCUUCCUCACCUCCAUGACCUACUGCUCCUACUCCUUCGGCUUCUACCUCAGCUCCGUGCUGGUGUCGCUCGUCAACAGGGUGACCUCGAGGAAUGGCGGAAAUGGCUGGCUCAGCAACAACGACCUCGACAAGGACAGGCUAGACCUCUUCUACUGGCUCCUGGCCGCGCUCAGCGUCCUCAACUUCUUCAACUUCCUCUUCUGGUCGAGGUGGUACUCCAACAGCGUCGAGACGGUGCAGGUUGCCGGAGUUGGAGGCGAUGGUGGCAGCAGUGAGCAGGAGGAUGAGAAGGGCUCUGCGUGAUCAGUAUGCAUUAUUAGUGGAUUAUUAAUCAAUUAACCUUAGUGUUUUUACCUUGUAUUUAUAUCUAUGGCUCUGCCUUGUAUCGGAAGUAGUGUCUAGAUGUGUGUAUGGGUCUCAUCAACUAAUUAACGAAGUGUUGCACAUGUGGUUAGUUAUUAAUUAGUCCUGGCUAGGUACAGGUUAAAGGGUGUGUAGUGUAAUGGUGCAACACCUGCAGCAUGAGCAGUUGUGGGUAGGGAACUAGGGACCAAGACAUCAAGUAGCCGGUCCUGCAUUAGAUCAGCUCGCUAUCAUGUACUAAGAAGGCUGUGUAAAUAGUAAAUAAUUGGCCAGAAAAAGGCACUAAGUUAUCCUCUGCCACAUGAACACGUGGUACGGUUAUGCUGA